CUAAAAUAAAUAUAUUUGAAAAACCUGUGUGUUGACUUGUAUUCUACUUUACCAGUUCCAUCAAGGGAUGGAGCUCCCCUCCUAAAGUAUCAAUUUCUCUUAAAUUAAAUUAGGGUUCUUAAUCUCCAAUGGAAGUUCUUUUCUAAGGUAACGUACUUCCUACUCAAACACGUAAUAAUUAUAGCCUGUUGCCUAUUGGAAAAUGGUGGAUUUUGUCUCGGUUUCUCUCGUUUUUGUUAUUGCUUCCACACUACUCGUGGUGCGGAUUCUUUAUGUUAUAUCUCAGAGUAGUAAGCCUGCCCGUAACGCUUCUCAGAAGAGUUUAAGUACCCUUGUUGUUUUGGGUUCAGGGGGGCACACGGCAGAGAUGAUAAAUUUGCUGACUGUUCUGCAAAAAGAGCGAUUUGCUCCAAGAUUUUACAUUGCUGCAGCAACGGAUAACAUGAGUCUUCAGAAGGCGCGUGUUUUUGAGGACACGCUGGAUGAUAAGAUAAGUUUGAAGGGGGCAAAUUCUAUCCAAUUUAUGCAGAUAUAUAGAAGCCGUGAAGUGGGUCAAUCGUAUAUCACCUCAGUAGGGACAACAUUAUACGCUUUAGCUCAUGCGUUGUGGCUCAUGGUUAAAAUCAGACCUCAAGUGAUUCUAUGUAAUGGUCCCGGGACUUGUAUUCCCAUAUGUGCAAUCGCCUUUGUUUUCAAGGUUUUGGGAAUCAGAUGGUCACAUAUCUUCUAUGUUGAGAGUAUUGCAAGAGUCAAAAGACUAUCACUCAGUGGUUUGCUUCUUUACAAACUACGCAUGGCGGAUCAGUUGUUUGUGCAGUGGCCGUCACUACAAAAGCAAUAUCCUCGGGCUCAUUAUGUGGGGCGCCUUAUGUAGCUAGGUUGCUUAUACUUUGUUUGUGUUGACAGUUGUACAACUGCCAAGAUUACAUCCAUCCAAUUAGGUUUUGAAUUCAAUUUCUAGCUUUGACAAGUUGAGGAGGGUGGUAAAGGAAAUAUUAUAGUUUGUCUGAGAUAAUUAUUACUGCAAGAUUUUUUGAGAUUAACAAUUUGAUAAAGAUGUUAACAUGUUUUUGUUAGAAAAACCAAAAUAAUACAAGUGAUAUGAUUAUAGGUGAGUUUUGGUUUGUAAAUGAGAUUAAAAAUGAGGUUUGUAUUUGUAUAGCAUGUAGUAUGUGAAGCGUGGUUGGUGUUGAUGUA